AUCAUGGCUACUCGUCUUCAUUUCGAAGGAAACAGCGACAUCGGCGUCUUCGCCAAGCUUACAAACAGCUACUGUCUUGCGGCUAUCCAAGGCAGCACAAAUUUCUACUCUGCAUUCGAAGCAGAGCUCCAGGAUGUGAUUCCGAUCGUGCACACCAGCAUUGGUGGUACACGGAUUGUCGGGCGUCUGACUGCAGGAAACCGUCACGGUCUUCUUGUCCCCUCUACCACCACCGAUCAGGAACUCCAACAUCUUCGCAACUCCCUCCCAGACGCCAUCGCCAUCCAGCGUGUAGAAGAGCGGUUAUCAGCCCUCGGAAACGUCAUUGCAUGCAACGAUUAUGUCGCCCUUGUCCACCCAGAUGUUGACCGUGAAACUGAGGAGAUCAUCGCCGACGUUCUCAAAGUCGAGGUGUUCAGGCAGACGGUAGCAGACAACGUGCUAGUGGGGAGUUAUUGCGCGAUCACGAAUCAGGGUGGCCUCGUACAUCCAAAGACGAGUAUACAGGACCAAGAUGAACUGAGUAGUUUGCUUCAGAUUCCAUUGGUGGCUGGUACCGUAAAUCGCGGUUCGGACGUGAUUGGCGCUGGGCUUGUGGUGAACGACUGGUGUGCCUUCACGGGGACGGCCACGACAGCGACGGAGAUCAGUGUCAUUGAGGCCACUUUCAAACUCCAGGGCCAAGACUCGACCGCCGUCAUCGGAGAGAUGCGCGACACCCUCAUCGACAAUUGGGCAUAACCGCUCGAAGCCUACCUCUUCACCUGCUCGUCCCUUUCCCGUCCCAUCGUCCACCUGUACGCCUUCAUCAGCCCCAUUCGUCGCUCUCGCCAGGUCUCGUUCGCCGUUGUGUUUUGAUUACAAGACAUACCCAUCGUCCAAGAAGUCUAAAGCUAAAGCAUUGUUGCGUCGUCGCCGCAUCCAUCUGUGUUCUCCUAUUAUUCGGGCUCACGCUUCAUAUACGGCCGCAUUUGUAUUCUGCUGUAUGUAUCAAUACUAUUUUGCGGAUUGACAAGUCUACCAUUGUCAGUCGAUGUUAU